ACAACCACGCGAGAGUUUUGAUUCUUCAUACUUUAGGAGGUAGUGUUUUAUUUGAUUUUUUUGUUUUUAUAUGCAACUUGUAUAUAGGUACUCUGCUUGAUAUUUUUGCAUAUUUUAAGAGGGAGAACUGGGGAAGAAAAGGAGUACUUGAUUGCCAUCGCAGAGAUGUCGGCUGACCCUGCGCCUGUGCGUCGCUCGACGCUUCUGGCGGCGGCGGCGGCGGCAGUGGCGUCUCUGGCGGCCGUCUGGCUGUGGCGCCGCCCCCGCCCCCGCCCGCUCCGGGCGCUCCCGGAGAAGAGGAUCGUGGUGGUGGACUCUACCGAUCAGUGGUCGACCGUCGGACGGGAGCUGAGAGCCCGGUGCUCCGAGACGCCCGUACUGGGCCUGGACUGCGAGUGGGUGACGGAGCCGGGCGGUCGGCGGCGGCCGGUGGCGCUCCUCCAGCUGGCCACCCUGGAUGGACUGUGUGUGCUGGUGCGGCUCUGUCGGCUACCGGAUCUGCCAGAGGACCUGCGGUCGCUGCUGCGGGACCGCUCGGUGCUGAAGGUGGGCGUCGCCUGUCUGGAGGACGGCGCGCUGCUGCUCGCGGACCACGCGGCGCCGGUGCGCGGCUGUGUCGACCUGCGUCACCUGGCCGGCCGGCACCCGGACAAAGCGCGCCUGCUGCGCCGGCCCGGCCUGGCCGCGCUGGCCCAACAUCUACUGGGAGUUCAUCUGAGCAAGGGCCGCCGCCUGCGCUGCAGCAACUGGGAGGCGGACGCGCUCAGCGCCGACCAACAGGAGUACGCCGCGGACGACGCUCUGGUGGGCGCGCUGCUGUUCCGUGCCCUGCUCGAGCCCAAAGUACCGGAGCUGACUCGGAGUACGUGGCCGCGCGUGCUCUCUGCCUGCCAGGGCCUGGUCGACUGCAAGUACAAGCCCAGCCACGCGGCCCGUCAGCACGCCGACCCUGCCGUGUCGCCGCCGCCGCCGCCCGCUCCAGCGAACCGCGGCGGGUCGCGUACGGUACCCACCUCCUACCAGCAGUCCAAACAGGUGUCUGCGGGAUACCAGCUGCGGAAGAGCCAGCUGUACGACAACGCCCGGCUGCUGGCGCCUGACGACCAGCCGCUCAGUGUGGUGGAAAACUCCAAGGCCAGGUGGUACGUGUAUAAGGGGCUGGGCGAUAUAGUGCAGGAGGAUCCCCUGGUGGUAAAACUGCGGUUCGAGCCGGCCGGUCGGCCCCAGCAGGAGGGCAACCACGGCUACUACUACCUGCAGGAGAAGGACAACUGCUGUGUGCGAUGUGGCGCCAGCGACGGCUACGUCAGGAAGAACAUCGUGCCGCAGGAGUACCGAAAACACUUCCCCGAGAUAAUGAAGUCGCACCAGUCGCACGACGUGCUGCUGAUGUGCGUCAGCUGCCACCAGGAGAGUAACAGCCUGGACCUGAAGAUGCGCCAGCGGCUGGCUGAGGAGUGUCACGCUCCUAUCGGAACAGAGGCUGACGUUAAGGUGCGGGAGGACCAGGCGCUACGGAAGGUGAAGUCAGCGGGCCGCGCGCUGCUCAAGAGUCGCGACAAGCUGCCGCCGCAGCGGGCCGCCGAGCUGGAGAGCGUGCUGCGGGACUACUACGGCGUCAGCACCAUCACCGACGACAUCCUCCACAGCGCCGCCAACAUGUGCACCAACCACCCGAACUCGGAGUACAUGUCGCACGGCGAGGCCGUCUACCGACACUUCUGUCAGCCGGGCCGCGGUCUCAUCCAGCUAGAACGCCGCUGGCGGCAGCACUUCCUCGACUCCAUGCGGCCCGCCCGGCUGCCCGAGCUCUGGAGCGUCGACCACAACCACGCCAAGAUCCGCUGGAAGAUCCGACGCGCUGACUGGCCGCUGCGAGUGAGAGAGGAUAUUUGGAGGCGGUGUAUUGGGUCGGAGUACUGGGAUGAGAAGGACGAGGGCCCGGUGAUGGGGCUGGGACCGGGCGCCGGGCGUGUGAGGGAGAGGGAGGAAGAGGAAGAUGGGCAGGAUGUUGAGACCGAAGAUGGUGGAGAGGAGAUAGAUGUGGAAGAGGAUGGAGAAGUGGAUGUAGAGCUAGAAGAUGAAGAUGAGGAACUGGAAGAUGAUGGGGAAGAUGUUGAGGUGGAGGUGGAGGGUGAGGUUGACGUACAGGUAACAGUAGAGGGAGUUGAAGAGAAGGACAAGAGAACAGUGAACGGUUACGGAGGCGCCGCCAGCACCUAGGCGGCGCCACUGACGCGGUGGACCCGUGGCGACGUGCGGUGUCGUCAGGAAGGUGUUCAUGUUCCAGUGACUAACGUGUCCCGAUUGACCGGCACGCUCAGCAGUCAGCGUCACAGCCGCUUUCGGUAAGUCCGUCCUCGAGAGAGGGAGAGGGUGUGAAACAGGGUAUCGAGAUGGGAUGGGAUGGAUCGUGCCGCUGUUGCUGUUACAGCAAACGCAGGACAUCAUUUAGGCUAGGUUAGCGUCCGCAGAGUUGGAACCAGUCUUGCUUUUAGUACCCACUAGCUUGGGUAGUACAGGAGUACCGUUCAACGCCUGUGGUGCAGUGGCGCACGUCGCCUCUUGUGAUGUCCUAAUUGGUAGUUAGUCGCCUGACUGGGUGCGGUUGGGAAGGGUCACUGUCGCGUGCUCUAUCCCGCAUAACAACUGAGACGGUCCUGAGAAGUGCUUUGCCAACCCUGGUCCAGGUUUAAUCUGGUGGUGCUUGACUUGUCGAUUUCAUCGACAUAUGAGUGGGUCGUUGUGUCGCUGGCUUGUGUUUUUCAUCGACUGCUCUUCAGACAUUUUUAAUCAGCUAUCCACAUUCUUACCUUUUGCAAUGCAUUGCUGUGAUCAUUGGUGUUUGAUGUGUGCGACAAUCACAAAAUUCGACUGUUUUUAAUCAUAUUAGCACACUGCCUUUGUCAGAGAUCACCCAUGAUCACAUCAUCUGUUUUAUUCCCGAUUCAUUUUGUUUUCGUGAUAUUGCUGCAAGGCUAUUGCUGCAAGGCAAUAUCCACGAUCCAUGAAGCCACGCAACACCUACCUCUUUAUGGUAAUGAUGACAAUCCUCACACGCCAUUGAUUGCUUGUUGUGACCAAAUUCGCCACACGGUCGUCUCGGCUCGGCGUUUUUAGCUCGUGCGGGGUCCGUCGGCCCGGUGGACCCGUAUCGUUCACGGUUGUCCCGUGAUCCGUGAUGAAACCCCGUCACGGAGUUUCGCUCUCCCCCUCCGCUCUUAUCGUUAGAUUGUGCAGCGGCGUCAGAGAAAGGCGGCGGAAAGUGGCGCAGUUGCGACAGCUGAUCAUGACUAGAUAUACCUCGAGACCGUGGUGAUCUGAUCCGGCAGUUUGUUGCAGAGCACGUUUGUGAUAUGGGAUCGUCAGCCCGUUUUUGUACCUGUUGAUUUGUGAUUGCUGGAGUUUAAUUUCGCGUAAGUCAUAAUAAAUUGUGAUUUAUAUGCUUU